GGGGGGGAGUGAAGGAGGACCGACCGAGAGACUGGCAACAGUCGGUAGACGACACGGAGUGAACGCGGUCGUGAUUGGGGGGGUAGCGCGUGACACAGACGACAACAACAACAACCAGACUGGGGAAAAAAAGAAAGAAAUCACUAACGAUUGAGACGUCUCACGUUCGACUAAUUAUCCCCCGAUGCGGAUGUAACUAGCAGAACAACAACAAGACCAACACCGAGCCGUGUGUCUGGAAUUAACGGUGAUUCUCGUAUUGAAUUAGGGUUAGUGUUAUACGGCCUGCGAGAGUGCGACGGAAAAAAACUCGUUAAUCAUGAAAAGGACCAACUGCUACUCCUACCGUCACUGUCGUUCGCCCUGUUGAAGAAUCUCUUGCCAAAGUGGCAGCAGCUGUGGCCGUGUUCUAUUACCUGGUCUGGAAAUCAGUUUCCUUGUGUGUGCAGUGUGUCUGCCAGUUGUGGUUUUGCUCAACAGCGCAGGAGAUUGAUUCUGCCUGCCCACCUGCGCUCUCAUCAAUCAUUUCACCUCCUCAGCCCACACAAAAACCGUAGGACAACUGCUCACUGGACCGUGGAGAACAUGCUAUCUCUCCUGUCCACAUCAUCAUGGGUGAUCUUCAAGCAACGCUAGAGCUUUUUGUGGAAUUGAACAAGUUCUACAAUGUGGACCUCUUUCAGCGAGGGAUCUACCAAGUGCGGGGGCACUUGAGGACGUCGCCCAAGAUCGCCGUCAAAUUGGAAGGAUCGCUCUACCACCGCCCGAGUGGAAACAACAACGGUCAAGGCACGACUACCGGCGGCGGCGGUGGCCAGCAGCAAGCGACUUCAUCUGCAUCCACGGCCAAUAUCCUGCACCCGGCCUGCGUCCUCAACGGCUCCUUUAUCAGUCAAACAUUCCAGAUCCUGUACCGCAACGAGGACGUCUCCCUGUCGGACAUGGCCCAAUUUAGACUGCACGUCCUAGUAGACAGCCAUAAGAUUGAAGAGACGCUCGAGCGACUGGAUUUACAUCUGGUGAUGGAGCUGUGGUUCAGCGAGCAGGGCUACAGCCUGGCAGAGUCUGGAUUGGAUUCCCAGGAACGUUUUAGCAACGGAAGCGGAGGCAACGGAGGCGGCGGCGGCAUUCUCUGCGUCUCCAGCCGGACGCUGCAGCUUCACUUGUCGCCCACGCGCGGCUUACACUACCACCUGCCCGUCCUUUUCGACUACUUCCAUCUGGCCGCCAUCACCGUCACCGUCCACGCCUCUCUCAUCGCCGUCCACCAACCUUACAUCAAUGCUCCCCGGAGUGGCCGUUCUCGGAUGGGCAACAAUGCCAGGACUUCGUAUUCCCGUUACGACGAAUCAUCCUUCGAUAGUUUCUUCUUUCCCGGAGGGACUGGAGUCAAAUCGACGGGUCACGCCGGUUGGCGAUUGGCUCAGGCGCGACAAGUUCACCGGGACGUGUGCAGUUUGCUGUCGGCCUCGGCCGAAUCGCUGCGCUCCGCCCGGCGUCGCUUCCUCAACGAGUUGCCGGAAGAGCAGCACGACGAGCAGCACUCGAGUCGACCGCUGCGCGGAACAAGUGCCGACGACCAGCACAUUCCGGCGUCCACCUCGCAAGUGACGCUGGGAGGAGGCCGGGACGGACACUCGUCGGACUGCGAGGAGGAAUUCGUCGCGGCGGCCAACAACGAGAUUGGCCAGCUCUGUGCUCACAAUGUCCUACUCUGGCGCAAGUUGCUGGACGCCUUUGCCGGCAGCGAACCCGUCCGCUUGAUGCUGGCCCAGCAACAUCACGCCAACCGGGUCAGACGUUUCGCCGAGGCCUUUUACGUCGUCAAUCACCCAAGGCCGGCCAUGGCCAAUUGCAACGACGCCGAUGUCCACACUUACCUUUACGUGACGGAGGCUCUGCGCAAAUCCAGGUAUCUGUCCAGCUUGCCUCCGUUGCCGGUCGAGUGUCUGGAAAUGAACGGCGACAUCAAUAGUCUGCCCGUCAUUUUCGAGGAUCGCUACGAGCCAGCCGGCAGCGCCGGAUUCAAGAAAAGAUCCUUCACUAAUCCGGCCGCCAAGCCCACCACGCCCAAGUGUGAUGGGCCCUUUGAGUUCCAGCAGCCCAUUUACGAGGAGAUUAAUCCACAGACGCCGUCCGGCAACAAAAGCCUCUUGCAGCCUCAGCAGUCUCGACAAUCCCGUCGCCCACCGGGGGCCACGUUGGUGGUGAAUCAUGUUUAUCGAUCUCUGCCCCAGACGCCGCUCAUUAGCGGGGCGUCACCGUCCGUCCUGCACCACCACCACCACCACCUUGGCCAGCAGCAGCAAGAGUUUCUGCUGGGAGAUCACCGCCGGCGCUCUUACGGCGGAGAAAAAGGCCAACUCCAAGCCGAAUUGGCACACGACGCUCACGUCACGGAAACGGCGGCCGGAUCGUUGUCGUCACGUCCGGCGGCCGACGACAUGGACGACAUGGACGGCGGAGGCGAGGAGCCGCUCAUUCGUCAUGUCAACGACGACGACAGCGGCGGCGGCGACCAUUUAAAUGACAAUGGCAACUCGGCAAGCGGAUCACGUUUCAAAUUCCGCCCACUGGUCACGAGCAAAAGCUCCGAAAACUUUCAGCAGCUCAGACGAGUCGCCAUGGCAGCCGCCGCCAGGAGGAAUCCGUCGCUACCCGUCAAAUUACUGGGAUACAAACCCCUGGUGGAGUGCUGCACGGCAGCUAAUCCGCAAUCCAAUAGCGAAUCUCUACCGGAUCUGAAAUGCGCAUCGCCCGGUCGCCAGGCGGUCGCCCAUCGAAUCAAACCACCGACAUCGGACCUGGCCUUUUGCCACAGCGUGUCCGAUCCGGCUCUGGUCCGCGCUGCUUCGAGCGGACGGACUUUGAAGACGAAUGACAUCAUGACCAAGGGUGCCAUGGCGCCCACCAGUCCACUCAUUGAACGUCUCAGGGCCGACGGAUUGAAUUCCUCGGCCAGCGACUGUAGCGACCAGAGCGGAUGGGUUUCCUCGACCAUGUCCAGCCGACAGAAUAGUCCGCCACCGGCCCGUCACCGAUGUCGAGACGAGCCAACUUAUCCUGAAUUAGAUCCCGCUCCGCUGGCUCCGCCGGAAGAGUUCCAAGAUCCUCCCCGGUUGAGAAACUUUGCUGCCAAGCGGUUCAACCUGAACUCGAUGCUCAUCUCGCCCAAGCGGGACGCUCCGCCUGAAGGCACACGCGGAACGUUUCGCAGCCUCGGGGAAGACGAAGGUCCCGGUAUCGGUCGCAGCAGUAACGGCAAUCAGUCCGGCGGCCGUAAACCGCGCCCGCUCAGUCAAGAGGAACUCCGAUUGCUUCAGUUAUUGCUGUAUGAAAUGUGCCGACCGGGCCAGCCGAAUCCGCUCAUUAGAGCGCUGUCUCAUUCACUUUACGAGUCUUUGGCUGUUUCCUUAUCCCUGACAUCCAACAAUCCAUCCACCCAGCAUUACAAGUUGCUGGAGCCGAAUGUUUCGCAUUCGACUUCGUUGCCGUGUCUCAUUAAAAAUCAGGACGACGAAGCACUCGACUUGCAUCCGCUGCACGCCCAAUACCAACAGAACCAGCGCCAAAUGCAGCAGCAGCAACAACAGGAGCAACAACAUCAACAACAACAGCAGCAGCAGCACAGCCAACUCCAAGAGCAGCGAACUGGACUUCACCCGAAUAUUCAACAGCGAUCGGUUUCGCUUUCAACUUUGCAACCCAAAGAGGAGACCUCGGCGGAGAGCGAAGGAGAGGAGCUGCUCCAACAAAAGUUGGUCUCGAUGCUGGGCGACGGCACGCUCUCCUUCCUGAAAGCCAAGGAGGAUUUCAAACGUCAGAUUCACUUUAACGGGACGCUCUACUCGGAUAUCCAUCCGAUCAAUCCGACGUCGCCUUACUUCCACGUGGCUGAGGAGUUAAGGCCUUUCUCGCCCGAGGGACUCCACUUGAUCGUCUGCGUUCACGGGCUCGAUGGCAAUUCGGCCGAUUUGCGACUGGUCAAAACCUAUUUGGAAUUGGUUCUGCCCGGCUCCAAUUUGGACUUUCUCAUGUCCGAACGCAAUCAGGGUGGGACAUUCAGCACGUUCGACACCAUGACGGACAGGCUCGUCUCGGAGAUCUUCUGCUAUCUGGAGGGCAAUAAUCUCAAUCCCAAAAGGAUCAGUUUCGUCGGUCACUCGCUCGGCACCAUCAUCAUACGAUCGGCUCUUACCCGACCGCAAAUGCGACCGCUCUUGCCCAAACUCCACACUUUCCUAUCGCUCUCCGGGCCGCAUCUGGGCACCCUUUACAAUUCUUCCGGAUUGGUCAACAUGGGUUUGUGGCUGAUGCAGCGAUGGAAGAAAUCCGGCUCGCUACAGCAGUUAUCUUUGAAGGAUGCCGAGGAUCCCCGCAAUUCUUUCCUCUAUCGCCUGGCUCGCAGCUCGGAAUUGCAUCACUUUCGUUAUGUCAUUCUUUCGGCUUCGGCUCAGGAUCGAUACGUCCCGCUGCAUUCGGCCCGCGUCGAAAUGUGCCGAGCCGCCGUCAAGGAUCCCACGGUUUUGGGCACCAUCUAUCAGGAAAUGGUUCACAACAUUCUCGGCCCGCUGAUGAACAACGACAAAGUCACAGUGGUCCGUUACGACAUCCAUCACGCUCUGCCGUCGACGGCCAACGCCCUGAUUGGUCGGGCCGCGCACAUCGCCGUACUCGACUCGGAGCUCUUCAUUGAAAAAUUCCUGCUCGUCGUUGGGUCCAAAUAUUUUCAAUGAGUCGCUCUUUGAAUCACGAUCUCAUCAUCAGCCCCGACCUCGUUCCCUCCCAGUUUGGUCAACGGGGGGAGGUAUAGAAACACCCAAAUUUAUUGACGAUUACACGGCAAAUGGUAAACCUCGAAACUGCCACGGAACAAAUGGAGAACGAGAAAAUUUGGAAGAAUGAUUGAAAUGGAACAAAAAGAAUCUGGUCAACCGUCCAAUGCUACAAUAAGGGGAUUUUUAGGAGAAAUGCGAAUAAAGUUAGCAGCAGAAGGAGAUGCGACUACGUGUCUGUCAAGUCAGACUAUCUCUCUCUAACAUGGCCGUACUCUUUUUGUACAUAUAGAAAUUUUAAAAAGAAAUCCUUCUUUGACGAAUUUUUGUCGUUCCCCUGUUGCACGGAUCAAAAAAUCUCGAAUUUCUUGUUUUCGUUUUUAUUUAAUCUUGUUUUCACCAUUGAACUCUAUUUAACUGUUGAAUCUCGAGUUUCAAGUUUCAAUCAUGUCUUGUUGGUCUAUAAUGGUCUUCCCGGUGAAUCAUUUCUUGACAAAAACUUAAGGGAUUAGAAAACAAACAAAGGUUGGGUCAAAAAUUGGGAAAAUAUCAAACGAUUUAAAAAGUAUUCGAACCAAUGUUCCUCUUUUAAAAUUAAAAAUAACAAAAAUACUUACCCGUAAAGAGAUGAUUUUAAAAAAGAAAGAAAACAAACCCGCUCAUACAUUUUUGCACGGCCAUAAAUCUCUCGUAUACAUAAAUAUAUAUACAUCAAGUAUUAUGUAAUAUCCGACUAAGUCCUCAAUCUCUUUUGAUCUUUUGUUACCAAAUUCUUGUUCUUCUCGUUUUUCGCAUGAGCCAAUUCACACGGAACUUGUUAUACUUUGUCUCAUGCGCCAAAUCAGUCGUGCAAUAUCUGCUUGUUCUUACAUGAAAUCUUUUGACUCAACGAUAUGCCUCUUUUUUGGUUUUUUUCUUCCGAGAUAGACAAACGUGUUACCAGUUUCUAAAGCCACGGCACGUGGCGGGGAUUUGGAAAAAAAUAAGAUAGAUUUUCAAAAUUCCUUCUGAAUAGCUUCUCAUCAGACUGAAUUAUUUCAGAGUUACAAUACCUUUGCGCUAAUAAGCUAUGCACGUUGUUUUGUAAACGUUUUGCGAGGGAACUUAAACCGAUGCCGUUGUGACGUGUUUACCACAUUGGAGACAGAGAUCUGAGGAGACACUGAGCUGUUCUUGAUUACCCAUGAGGAAGAGCGCCGGGAAACUGUUACAUCAUUUUAAGUCGUGACUCGUGAGCACGACAAGGAUCGGCGGAUGUGCGUCAACCACCGUCUGGGGAGCUCCUUCUAUUGUGAAACUCAUGCAGUAAAUAACACCACAGUGUAGCGUAGCCGACCUUCUGGAUUCGGUUUGGAGUUUGUAUUUAUGUUUUUAACAUUGUUGACCUCUAGUACAUUCUUAAGCAUCGUUAUAAUAUUAAUUCCAAUCCUUAUUAGUCACUUUCUGCUCUGCUAGUCUGCUCUCUGUCUCUGGUUCCACACAAUUUCUUUCGAAAUUGGCAACACCGCAUCCGAAUCGCAGUUUCAGUUUUCGCACAUUUGAUAAACCGGCAACACCGCUUGGCUCGCAGUGCUGUAGUGACGUCAAGGCCAUGUUGAUUGUAGUUAGUUAUGGAAUGGCGGUUUGCUGUCAAAAGUUAAAUCCUUUCUUCGAAAAUUACCUAUGAAUGCAUAGGUAAAAUCUAGUAAUUUCGUCUAGUAAAAAGUAAAAGUAAACAAAACCUUGCGGUUAAUGUUUGGGCAAUGGGAGCUUGGGAUGAAGAAGUUGUGCUGUGUUUCUUUCAGUAAAGCAAGAUUUGCAUAGAAAAGUGAUGAAAUAGUUCAUGAAUAAUUUUACGACAAGAAGCUGCCAUACUACGACACACUUUGACAUGAGUAUCUGAAAUUCCAGUGAACCAGUCAGUUCACCAGCAA